AUGCAAGUUAAUAGCAUUGUGGGUAAACACAAUUAUGAUAUGAAUCCUCAGGUUGCAGAAAUGGCAUCUAAGUAUCAGAAAUUAGCUUACAAAAUACUUGAUAAAAUCAAGUUUUGGACUAUCAAUGAGAAACUAGGCCUAACAACACAAUACAAUUUAUUAGUCACAUUAUUUUCAAGAAAAGUAAUCUACAAAAAAGAUCUAAGCAAUGCAAUUCAACGGUUUAAAGAUCAAGCUAAGUCUA